GGUGAUUUGAGAAGUUUCGGUAAAUAGUUCUCCGAAGCCUUAAAAGAAGCACUGUUUACAAUUUACCUGUUUCGGCAUGAAUCAAACGAGGAUAGAGUUUCUCAAUUAGGGCAUAGAAAUAUGUUUGAUCAGUGGGAUUUUUUACAUUCAGAGAAUGAAGGGUUAGUCAACUUUUCGCAGCCAUUGAACGCGUUUGAAUCCUCAAAACCCAUGGCAAAUGAUCAGCCUCCCGUAAAGAAUUUGGGAUCUCCGAUAUUUGAUUCCCCUACUUCACUUAGGCGAUGUAACUCUUUGAAAUUGCUAAGUCCAAAGUGUGAACAAGGUGCUGAGGUAGCACUAGAGGAUACACAAAAAAAAAUGGAUUGGAUAGAACAAGAUUUCGAAAGCGAACUUUUAAAACGAGCAGAUAUCCGCAUUCGUGAGCUCCAGGCCUAUUCAGCAUUCGCGGAUGGACUUUCACAGAAGACAGAUGAAAUCAAGCAAUCUUUGUCAUCUAUAAAGACUAGUUUUUUGGUAUCAGAGUCAAAGUUAAAUGAGUUUUCUGAGACGUGCAACGCACUCGGAACUGAAGAGGAAGCAUUUUCUAGACUUGCUAAUGAUAUUGGUGAAGGAUUAUCUUAUUUUGCACCACUAAAAGAACUGAUUCGUGUUUUUCGUCACCCGCCGUCAGACUUGGUAUCAAGAAGUUCCUUUCGAAAUUAUAUUUUGCAAAUAAACAGAUGCAUCGACUUCUUGGAAAAAAACACGGAUUUUCAAGAGAGCGAAUUUUAUUUAUCUCAAUAUAAACGACUUUUAACUCAAGGAUUUACUAUGUUUAAAAAUCACUUUUUCCGUCUUAUUAAGUUAGCAUCUGAACAAGUUGCGCAGAGCGCAAAGACCAUGCAAAUAGACAAACAACUUGAAAGCUCUAUUUUCUAUUCUCGUUUUAGUGCAAUUGCUCUUCAAAUUCGACCGCUGCUCAUAGAAUUUAAGAAGAGUAUUUCCGAAGAUACGUUUAAUUUUACUGCGUUUUAUGAUUUUUAUUUGCAAACCCGUAUGCGCUUGCUUCAGCCUGUUCUUAGCAGUCAGAUAAGGAGUUUUUUCUUAGAAAAGUCCAUUACUUCGUUCAUUCAAAAAUCUUUAGCUAUCCUACAACUUACUUUCUUUGAUGAAAGCAGGCUGUUUAAUGAAUUCUUUGAUGAAACAAAUGAAAAAUUUACAGAAUACUGGCAAAACUUAUGUGAGACUUUUUACGAAGGUUCCAGAUCGAUGAUUCUACGUGAGAAGAAUUUGACAGAUCUGUGUGAAGUCUGUUCCUACAUACGGUCUUUCCAAAAUUCGAUAGCAGAAGGAGAUAGGGAAGAAAUAGGAAAAGAGCUUGCGACGCAUCUUACUCCAGUAGUAUUUGAACUUCAGAACCGAGUGAUAUUUUUGGUACAAGCAACUAUUGAUUCAGAAAUCCAAAAUUACACGCCGGCUGACGACGAUCUCUUCCCCGAUAUGAACAAAGGAACUGAACUAUUCAAUUUGCAGAAUUUGGGUUUAAAUGACGUCGAAGAAAAAGUAAACGCAAAUGUACCAGAACGGCUUGCAAUGGCACAAGGAUGGUAUCCAGUCGUUCAAAAGUCCUUGAUAAUUCUCUCAAAAAUAUAUCGUCUUCUUGAUUCGAAUGUCUUUGACGAUAUUGCUCUCGAAAUCAUACAUGCUACUAUUGGAUCAUUAAUGGAAGCUUACGAGUACUUUAGCAGUAAGAACGAUCCACAAAUUGCCAGACUUUUUUUUAUAAAAAACCUUUUGGUUCUGAAAGAGCAAUUAAGUUCAUUUGAAAUUCAAUACGCUCAUAUUCAGGCAGGUGUGGACUUUAAAAAGAUCUGGGAUCGCGUACGUGAAUGGCGUUCUAACCUAAGAGGCAUUCUUCAACUGGCGUAUGAAACAUUCCCUAAAUUUAUAAACAAUAUGGUGGAUAGCAGACAAGAGCUGAACGAAUACUUGCGAUUUGCAGUAAAUGGGUAUGUUGAGACGGCGGCUGGGUCGUUCACAAGUGCUUUGAAAGCACAUGACCCAAACAGUGCGAAUGAAUUCAAACAUCGACUGGAUAAGGUAGAGAGUUUACAUGAGCAAAUUUCCUCUUACCUAACGGAAUCUUGGAUCGAAGGACUACUUCUGCAAGCAGUAUAUGAGGAAACUGCCAAAUACUUCCGAGAUUACUACAAUACACUAUCCGCUGAAGAUAUUCAGGCUUUGGAAACUACAGAGUUAAACCAUGAGACUAACCAAAACGUGUCGAAAAGCCUGGAAGACUACCUAGAUUACAUUGCUGUACCUUUUCAACGCUGUAACGAAUCUUUACCUAACGACAAGGCAUCAAUCUAAACCUAUCCUAAUUGCCUAAUGAAA